AGCAGCAAUCCUUUUGCUCAGACUUCCUGUUUCUGGCACUUGCCUUCUGUAAUGUGUUCAUAGUUCCCCGUCUGUGGUUAAGUAGGCACAGAGCUCGUUUAGUCUCGCCCUCUCUCAUUCAUUUGCACACACAAGCGUGCUUCUCUCUUCUCUCUCCCAGAAUGAUGGUUCUGGGUAAAACUUUUGCGACAGUUUUCUGUUUAUUUCAAGCUGUUUCGGGAGAAAGUGGCAAUGCACAGAACGGAGACGUAGAAGAUGCAGAAGCUGACGAAUACUCCUUCUGGUGCUACAGCCAGUUGGAAGUGGAUGGAAGCCAGCAUUCUCUGACUUGUGCUUUUGAUGACCCAGACAUCAACAGCACCAACCUGGAACUACAGAUAUGCGGGGCUCUUUUACAGAUGGAUUGCCUAACUCUUAAUAAGCUGCAAGAUAAAUAUUUCAUAAAGACAAAAGGAUUCCUACUGAUUGGAGGGAGCAAUAUAUGUGUGAAGCUUGGAAAAAGGAAUUUAUUUUGCAAAGAUAUGGACAUAGCCAUGAUAGUUAAACCUGAAGCCCCUUUUGGCCUAGAAGUAGUUUAUCGAAAAGAAGCAAGCGACUUUUUGGUGACCUUUAAUACAUCUCACUCAAACAAGAAGUAUGUAAAACAGUUAAUGCAUGACAUGGCCUACCGCCCAGAAAAGGGUGAAAAUAACUGGACGCAUGUCAAUUUAUUGAAUACAAGAACAACAAUCCUAGAGCGAAAGCUACGACCUAAAACCGUGUAUGAAAUCAAAGUCCGAUCCAUCCCCAAUACCAGAUACUUCAAAGGCUUCUGGAGUGACUGGAGUCCAAGUUCUACCUUCAAAACUCCAGAGCCUGGGAAUCCAGGGCGAUGGGAUCCUGUUUUGCCAAGUAUCAGCAUUCUGAGUUUUUUCUCUGUGGUUUUGUUGGUCAUCUUAGCCUGUGUACUAUGGAAAAAAAGGAUUAAACCUAUCGUAUGGCCCAGUCUCCCUGAUCAUAAGAAAACUCUGGAACAACUAUGUAAGAAACCAAAAAAGAAUUUGAAUGUGAGUUUCAAUCCUGAAAGUUUUCUGGACUGCCAGAUUCAUGAGGUGAAUGGCAUUCAAUCCAGAGAUGAAGUAGAAACCUUUCUGCAAAGUGGCAAUAAUCCUCCACAGCCUCAUUCUCCCCCUGAGGAGCUGGAGAAGCAGGGUCAUGGAGCAGCUGUGCAGAGCCCAAACCGGCUGUUGGAGAUUUCAGUCAGCACACCAGAAACUUUCAGAAGAGAGUCACCCCCAAGACUCCUGGAGAGAAAUCUGAGUACAUGCAACAUUCCUCCCUUCCUUUCCUCUCUGUCCCCUGACUACAGAGAUGGUGACAGGAAUGGGCCUCCUGUGUACCAAGACUUGCUGACAAGCCCUGGGAACACAAAUGGCACCCUCCCUCAGGCAUUUCCUCUCCAGCCAGGAAUCCUGAUGCCAGUUUCUCAGAGACAGCCCAUCCCCACUUCCUCAGUGCUGAAUCAAGAAGAAGCAUAUGUCACCAUGUCUAGUUUUUACCAAAACAAAUGAAUUAUGAGAAACCGGAGACCCUUCCAUCACAAACAGAAUGAUCACUGGGAUGAAAAGCCUAGCAUGCCUGUCCCUCAUAGUUCACAGAAGAUAAAGUCAUCGUGACCUUGCUGCACAUCAUCAACAUUCUGAGAGGUCAUUUUGAUCUCCUAGCUCAGGAGCAUUUGCAUAAAACAGGAAGAAGAUGUUUCUGCCUUGUUGGUUAAGUACUAAGAGUUCAGGUUGCCCAAUUAAAAAAUAGGAACAAAACUCAAAUGACGAUUAAGGGGAAGAUAGAAGGAUGUAAUGAAUGCAGGAAGAGAGAAUAAUAUGGCAAUGUGGAUUCAUCCAUUAUAAUUGAUAAACUCUUUGCCAUAGAUACUCCAUACACUACAGUUGCCGUCACUGAUCCCCAUUUGCUGGCUUCUUAGCUACUUGGUCAAAAUCCUGCUUCCUUAAAACAUAGAGUGUUAAUGGGCAUCUCGAGCCUUUUCUUUUCCUUUUUAUGCUGCCUGCACUACCAGAGUGUUCUAGUGUUCUCUGUUGUUCAGCCCAGAAUCAUGCACAGCCUUUUAGUUCUUUGAGGUGGGAGUUCAUUUUUUCCUAAAUACCAUUCUCUAAACAUGGAAUUCUGAAGCUAUAGUAACGGAGGGAAACACUGGUCUCAGUGCAAGGCACACUCGCAGCUACGUUUAUGUUUGGUUGUCUUUUCUUUGUAUAUUAUAAACAUUUAUUUAACUUGUUGCAGUUGGACGUGAGUUUCUGAAAUGUAUGCUCAACAAUAAUCAUUAAAGUGUUUGCUGCGUAAAUAAAUAAGUAAUAAAUAAAUAUUUUAAGUAAUUGUGUAAGCUUUCCUUUCUCCAGGAGGUGAGACAUGUGUUCUAACUUCAGCCGUCCCUUGCCAUGAACCUAUGCUAGUCUUUCAUGCCAAACAUCACCACUAAGUGGGUGAUUAAAUAGUAAUUAUCCAAACUGUGCCACUCUGGAAAGGGAAAGUCAGAGACAAUUAACAGCAAGCAUAAACUGGGUCUGUCUCAGAAAGAUGUGGAUGUGUGGUCACUUUAAUCAAAGUGGCUACGAAGAAGAAAGUGCUGGACAAAAUGUAUUUAUGGGUAUGAAGUGCCAUGACCAUGUAUCAAAGGAAGUCGGAAAAAAAAAAAAACACCAAGCUCAUUUGAUUUUGUUUGUUUUUUAAAACCAACCAUAGAAGUAAACAGUUAGAAGCCAAGAAAUUCCAGAGUCAGUUAUCAAGACCAUGAUCCUCCUGCUGCUACCAUCCACCUGCCUCCAUAUGGGAGCAUAGAAGGAGCUGAUGAGAGUCUGCAAGAGUGUGACAUUUAACCCAUGAGCAGAGGAAUAGCCCUCCUAUGUGUGUAGACGCCAUGACAAAUUACCCCAGGUUCUACACCCUUGGAUGCUGCCCGAACUACAGGGAAGAGGGAAUGUGAACACUUCAAUGUGUGUUCCAGCUGAGACUAUACUCAUGAAAACACAAAGAAGAUAGGUAAGCUGCUCAAACUGAAAUGUUAACUCAUGAUUGCCAGCCAAAACUCUGUAUCCCUGGUAUAUAUGGCCAAUCUCCUGAAGAAAAUAAGAAGUAACUGAAGGACACCAUUGAGCUCCUUAGCACUAAAAUCCUCUGUUUCAGUGUUGACACUGGUCAUUUGAAUUUGGUGUGUCUGACUGGUCAUGUAUUAAAUCCAUGUAUUAUAUUCACAUCACCACAACUGCUGCUAGUGCUUAAAUAUGUAUUCAGGAACAGCGUGUAACGUGACAUUAUGGAUUGGUUCUGCCAGUUUCCCUCUUGCAUUUCAUACUGGAAAAUCAAAACUUUUGGUCAGAGAUAAUAUGCAAAACAGAGAUGCCAACUGCUACUUCCAAGUAAUGUGAAAUAAAAACGAUAAAAACAAAUAAUGAGAAACAGGCAUCCAGUUUGAUCAAUCAGCUACACCUGGGUCCAGGGACUCUCCAAUUAGUCAGUUAAUAUUCUACAAGCCUUUGCUUCUCUCUUCAUUGAGGCAUCCAUGGGAAUUUGUGCCUUCAAAUCCAAGCAUGGGCUAUUUCAGGUGUGCAUGCUUGUGUUUGGGUUUUUUUUUUUUUUUGUAGCUAUGAUUUGGAACUGUCAAAAAUCUUAAGAAUAUGUAGAAAGGAACCCAGAAUUGAUACAACUCAGGUGACAUAUUUUGUGAUCUCAGCAGUUUUCCUUUGGUGUUCUCUGAAACAUCCAGCAUCCACUACAGUAAAGUUGUCUGAGUUGACUCUGUUUCUCAAAUGCAUUAUUAGUAACCUGUAGAGCUGCUACAUAAAAAAAAAAAUGUAUGGUGUGUAUUAUCAUUUCACGUUUCA